AUGAAGAGGAGCAUGGUGAUGAUGCAUUCAGCGCUUUACGAGCUCCCGGGAAUCGGAUUUGGGGGUUUUGUAGUCAAUUUGAGUAGAAAAGGUGUUGACCAAUUGAAGGGGUUUAGUCGGAGCCAGAAGCCCUUCCUUCAGUCAGUCAGUCACUUGUCAUCUCUCGAUCCGGGACCUCGAGGGCCACUUCAAGUUGUUUUUGAGGCCGAUCGGGUUACCUCGGUAAAUUCACGUGGCGUUUUUAUUGUGUUCGUUUUUACUGCGGCGCCUCUUUUAAGUGAGAGACGGGAAAAUUCUGCGCAUUUGGGUAGACGGCCAACAAGUUGGAACAGGCCGUCAGUCCGGUGGAGCUUCAGCUACGUCGCGAAUACACAACGUCCCCGUCAGGCAGCUGGGGGAACCCAGCCUGCCCCCUUAUCAAUACUCCGGAAGGAUUAACAACCAGGAUUCGUUGACCGAUUCUUCUGAUACCAUGGCCCAAAGAAUGUACAGUAACAUUUCUAUGGGCUUAAGACUUUUUAUUCUGGUAUGUCUGCAAUCCCCGUGAUGAUCUUGUUUAGUUAUUAUGCAUCAUUGCCAUGAUCUUAAUUAUGGUAGCCCCAGGCGUUUGUUUUUGGAGGACGAUCAAUGGCCAACAGACGAGUCGUGAGAUAUGCCCUCCUUCCAAUGCACUGUUCCCAAUGAAUAUUGACCGAUGGAAUACUGCGUUACAUUUCCAGAUGAGAGGUCAAAAGUAGGUCUGCGUAAAGUCGAUGACCAAAAUAUUUGUAGUGUUUGGGGUCAACUAGCCAUUAUAAUCUUGUCCAUAUUGAUCGCUAUUCCCCCGCUGAUAUUCAGUUGUGUAUAUUACACGUCUGGUCAUUCAAACAUUACAUGGGUGAGUCCGCGUUGUAGUUGUGAUCCUUUCUAUUCUCUGGUUUUCAGCAAAGUAUGGCCUCUUUAAUCGCGCUUAUUGCCUUCCUUAUCUUCGGUGCGGUCGAGACUUGGUAUGCGACGGGCUUUGAUCACAUGCCCGCAUUCAUCCGGCAGAUUGGAGGGGGAACUUUCAGUGGCUGUGCUGGGAUUCCUGGCUGUGAAACUGGCUUUGUUGUAAAAGGAUGGGCAGCUGCAGCUGUAAGAUGAUCACUCACAAAAUAAAGACUCUACUUUCAGGCUUUUUACUUUUUCUGCUCCCUUUUCUACCUGGGGGAUCUGUGCAUGGUCUAUCUUCGGAGAGAAAAGUAGCGAUUAAAUUAUUUGGCCUCUCUUACUGUAACUUCUACGCAUCCAUUUUGAGUAACGCUGUUGUUUUGUUCACUUAUUUUGCUGUGUGUCACGUUUCUGCGUUCAAACUUUUGACGUCUUUAUUUACAAGUUUUGGUUGCGUAAUACCAGAGGCUGGACACGAUUUAAUGCUUAGAUCCGCUCAGCUACAGUAAUCCGAUUGUUGUACUUGCAGCGAGAAGAACCAGCGGCUUCUGAUCACACCAGGCACUGCCCACCAUGCCUCUUUCUGA